AUGCGUUACCAGCGCUCCCCCAUCGAGAUUGAAGCCCCCGAAGAGGUUGAGCUGCCAAUCCUUCACAACCUAAGUGACAGUGCAGUCGGCGACCGCACUCUGGAAGAUCUGGGCAUACCCGCUCCCAGAGAGCUGGCACUGGCGUACAGCAAGCAUUUCGGGAGCGAUCGCUUUCGAGAGCUGAUUGCACAGCGCGCGGGCCUAGAGGCGAGCGACAUCCUUGUAGUCGCAGGCGCCUCUGCCGCACUGUUUAUCGUGGCUACUGCCCUUCUCGAGGCUUCGGACCAUCUCAUCGUCACCCGGCCCAACUAUGCCAGCAACAUUGAGACCCCGCGAGCCAUUGGUUGCAAGAUCACCUACAUCGAUCUAGAGUUCGACCAGGGAUUCCGGGUCGAUAUCAAGCGGAUUGCCGAGGCCAUCCGACCUGGGACAAAGCUGAUCAGCCUGACCACUCCGAACAACCCGACCGGGACUUGUCUGUCGGCUGCGGAGCUGGGGCAGAUCGCCGAGCUGGCGCAACAACAUGGCUGCUACGUUCUCGUCGACGAGACGUACGCGGAACUCACGUAUCUCGACCGUUUGCCAGGAUGUGCCUCACUAGGCCCCCACGUUAUCGGGGUCGGCUCCAUGUCCAAGGCAUUUGGUGUCCCCGGUAUCCGCAUCGGCUGGAUCUCCACCAAGAACAAGCAGCUCCAUGAGACCUUCCUCGCUGCCAAGGAACAGAUCAACAUCACGGUGAGUGUUCUGGACGAGUACGUGGCAGAACAGAUCCUUGAACGCUGCGAUACGAUACUUCCCCCGAUCAUCACGGAGAUGGAGCGCCGUCGGAACCUGGUGGAGACUUGGGCCCAGUCGGAGGAUCUCGUCGAGUGGGUGUACCCGGAUGGAGGCGUCAUGGGCUUUAUCCGGAUGACCAGAGAACCCCCCGGGGGAACGGCGGCGUUCUAUGAUCGUCUGUUGACAGAACAUCAAACGUACGUCGGCCCAGGGCGAUGGUUUGAGCGGCCCGAUUCGUACUUUCGACUAGGGUAUGGCUGGUCCAGCGCAGAUAGCCUUGUGCAGGGCCUGGUCGCUAUCUCCAAGGCGUUGCGUGGCUGA